UGGCCUUGACUUCUGUCUGCUGGAAUAUAAAACAAGACCGAAAUCAGAUCUAACAUGAUUACUUUAUAGACCUCGGUAAACGUGGUGGGUGUCUUUGUUAGUUGGUCAGUUCUCAUUUUUACCUAGUCAAGAUGGAGAUUUCUGGAUAUACUCUCCAGAUUUUCUGCAUACUGGCCGCUUUGAUCUUAGUGGUCCAACCAGCCCCCCAUCAUUAUAAAGGAGGUGGCGGUUGUUGUGGUGGUGGUGGAUACUCAGGAUACGGGGGUGGCGGUGCCGCUAUAGCAAUAAUAAAAGUCAAAAAAAUUGGAGGCGGUGGAUACUACCCUAGCGGAGGUGGACAUCACGGUGGAUAUCCAAGUGGCGGUGGACACCAUGGUGGUGGAAAGGGUUGGGGCGGUGGAUAUGGAGGUGGAUACGGUGGUGGCGGUGGAUAUGGUGGUGGCGGCGGAGGAGGAGGCGGUGGCGGUGGAGGCGGUGGAUUCGGAGGCGGUUUCGGAUUCGGUGGCGGAUAUGGUCAUGGUUAUGGCAGAAAGUGAAUUCGGUUGAUUAUUUAAAGAACUUGAAGAUAUUUUUGUAUAUUGUAAAAAAAUUUGUAAAACUGUUUAUACAUUAAAAUUGUGUUCAUGUAUAA